UCCCCCGCUCUGACGUGUGAAGCGCUGAUUGGGAUCCGGGCCGCAUUAUAAGCGGCCACCCCAUUCCCCUGCUCACUCUGGAGUUCAGGAGCUUCUCCAUUUGAGAGAGAGCUGCGAGGACACCACCACCCGAUCAAAAGCUGGCAGGCUGACGCGGGCAGGAAUCCACUUACAGGACGGACUUUCUGGCAACUGACCAUUUAGCUGUGGCAUACCCGGACCUCGUGUACGUGGGAUAUCGACAAUGAGCUCCGUAGCCGUACUGACGCCUGAAAGCUUUGCCGAGCACAGGAGUGGCCUCAGUGAGCAACAGGCCAAAGCAUGUGUUGGUUCUGAAGAUGAGACCGAUCUGGUACCAACUUACAAGGAAGCAUUUCCUCCACUCCCUGAGAAAGCUACUCCUGGAGAGACAACAACAGAACCAUCUGGAGCAUGGACCAAAAUCCGACCACUCAAAUCUUCUCUCAUCACCCAGGUUUUUCAUGUACCGUUAGAAGAGCGCAAGUACAAGGAGAUGACCCAAUUUGGAGAAGGAGAUCAGGCUAAGAUCUGUCUGGAUAUCAUGCAGAAGACUGGCGCGCACAUCGAACUCUCAUUGGCUAAGGAUCAAGGUCUUUCCAUCAUGGUUUCCGGAAAGCUUGAGGCUGUCAUGAAAGCAAGGAAGGAAAUUGUGGCUAAGCUGCAGACACAGGCUUCAGCAACAGUGGCUAUCCCCAAGGAACAUCAUCGUUUUGUGAUUGGAAAGAGUGGCGAAAAACUGCAGGAGUUGGAAUUGAAAACGGCGACUAAGAUCCAGAUUCCUCGGCCUGAAGAUCCCAGCAACCAAAUCAAAAUAACUGGUACAAAAGAAGGCAUUGAGAAAGCACGGCACGAAAUCUUGUUGAUCUCUGCUGAACAGGACAAGCGUGCAGUCGAGCGGAUCAACAUCGAGAAAGUCUAUCACCCGUUCAUUGCUGGACCUUUCAACAAGACUGCUGGGGAGAUGAUGCAGGAGACGGGAACUCGAAUCAAUAUCCCACCACCAAGUGUUUUGAAGAACGAGAUUGUUAUCACCGGUGAGAAAGAACAGGUUGCACAGGCUGUCUCCCGCAUUAAGAGGAUCUAUGAGGAUAAGAAAAAGAAAACCACGACAAUUGCAGUGGAGGUGAAGAAAUCUCAGCACAAGUAUGUUAUUGGACCCAAAGGCAACUCACUGCAGGAGAUUUUGGAACGGACCGGAGUCUCAGUUGAAAUCCCGCCCUCGGACAGCAACUCUGAAACAGUCAUCCUUCGCGGCGAACCCGACAAACUGGGGCAGGCUCUGACUGAAGUCUAUGCUAAAGCAAAUAGUUUUACAGUAGCAAGUGUCAAUGCCCCAGCCUGGCUCCAUCGCUUCAUCAUUGGGAAGAAAGGUCAGAACCUGAGUCGCAUAACGCAGCAAAUGCCAAAGGUAUACAUUGAAUUCACUGAUGGUGAGGAUAAGAUUUGUCUGGAGGGCCCAACCAAGGAGGUGAAACAAGUUCAGGAGCAAAUUGAAAAUGUUGUGCAGGAUUUGGUGAAUCGCAUGGAUUACACUGAAUUAACAGUUGAUCCCAAGUUUCACCGCCACCUUAUUGGAAAAAAUGGAACAAACAUAAAUCGUAUCAAGGAUCAGUAUAAAGUCUUAGUGCGAAUCCCCCCUGAUAAUGAGAAGAGUAAUCUAAUCCGGAUUGAAGGAGAUCCUCAGGGAGUUCAAGAUGCCAAGAAGGAGCUGUUGGAUCUUGCGUCCAGAAUGGAAAAUGAACGCUCCAAGGAUUUGAUCAUUGAGCAUCGGUUUCAUCGUACAAUCAUUGGCCAGAAGGGAGAGAAGGUUAAGGAGAUCCGUGACAAGUUCCCUGAGGUCGUUAUUAAUUUCCCAGAUCCAAGUCAAAAGAGUGACAUUGUGCAGUUGCGUGGCCCCAAAAAUGAGGUAGAAAAAUGUGCCAAGUUCCUGCAAAAAAUCGUGGCUGAACUGGUGGAGAAUAGCUAUUCUGUCUCUGUGCCCAUCUUCAAGCAGUUUCACAAAAAUAUCAUUGGAAAAGGAGGAGCAAAUAUCAAGAAGAUCCGUGAGGAAACUAAUACAAAGAUUGAUUUGCCAGCAGAAAACAGCAAUUCUGAGAUGAUCGUUAUUACAGGAAAGAAAUCCAACUGUGAAGUGGCUCGCAGCAGGAUCCUGGCCAUCCAGAAGGAAUUGGCCAACAUCACAGAAGUCGAAGUUUGCAUUCCUGCCAAACUCCACAAUUCUCUGAUUGGUGCUAAGGGUCGCUUUGUCCGUUCCAUCAUGGAAGAGUGCGGAGGAGUGCACAUCCACUUCCCUACUGAAGGGUCAGGCAGUGAUACAGUCACCAUCAGGGGAUCUACUGAGGAGGUUGACAAAGCCAAGAAACAGCUCCUUCACUUGGCUGAGGAAAAGCAAAUCAAGAACCAUACCAGUGAGCUGCGUGCCAAGCCAGAGUACCACAAGUUCCUGAUUGGACGUGGUGGUGCCAACAUCCGUAAGGUGCGGGAUAACACUGGAGCUCGGAUAAUUUUCCCUACAGUAGAUGAUAAAGAUCAAGAGCUGAUCACCAUCGUAGGUACGGAGGAAGCUGUCAAAGAGGCUCAGAAAGAACUGGAAAUCCUAAUAAAGAACCUGGACAAUGUUAUAGAGGAUGCAAUGACCGUUGACCCCAAACAUCACCGAUACUUUGUGAUACGCCGAGGGCAGGUUUUGCGGGAAAUUGCUGAUGAAUAUGGUGGUGUGAUGGUCAGCUUCCCUCGUACUGGAACACAGAGUGAUAAGGUGACAUUGAAAGGUGCCAAAGAUUGUGUGGAGGCUGCCAAGAAACGCAUGCAGGAGAUUAUCGAAGAUCUGGAAGCUCAGGUAACCAUCGAGUGUGUAAUUCCACAGAAGUUCCACAGGAUGGUGAUGGGUGCCAAAGGCUUGAAUGUGCAACAAAUCACCAAGGAUCACAGUGUGCAGAUCAAAUUCCCUGAGCGUGAGGAGAAUCCAGCAAUUGAGCAGCAAGUCCACGAGAAUGGAGAGACCGAUGGAGAAGUUAAAGAGGUUGAUCCCACUCUACCUCGGAAAAAUGACAUCAUUAUCAUUUCUGGGCGGAAAGAGCGAUGUGAUACAGCCAGAGCUGCUUUGCUGGCACUGGUUCCUGUUACAAUUGAAGUAGAUGUGCCCUUUGACCUACAUCGUUACAUCAUUGGCCAGAAGGGAAGUGGCAUACGCAAGAUGAUGGAGGAGUAUGAGGUAAACAUUGCUGUCCCCCCGCCUGAGGAGCAAUCUGACACCAUUAAAAUCACUGGGCUGGCUUCUCACCUGGACAGAGCUCGGGAGGGACUGAAUGAGCGGGUCAAGGAACUGCAGAUGGAGCAGGAGGACCGGGCUCUGAGAAGCUUCAAGUUGACAAUCUCUGUGGAUCCUCGCUAUCACCCGAAGAUCAUCGGCAGGAAAGGUGCAGUUAUUACACAGAUUCGCAUGGAUCAUGACGUCAAUGUUCAAUUCCCUGACAAGAAUGAUGAAAAUCAGGAUCAGAUAACUAUAACUGGGUACGAGAAAAAUACAGAAACUGCCAAGGAAGCCAUCAUGAAAAUAGUGUCGGAGCUGGAGGAGAUGAUAUCAGAGGACAUUACUCUCAACCACAAGGUCCACGCCCGCAUUAUUGGUGCCCGCGGCAAAGCCAUUCGAAAGAUUAUGGAGGACUUCAAGGUUGACAUCCGUUUCCCUCCGUCUGGGGCAGAAGAUUUGGACCGCGUCACUGUGACUGGCCUGCCUGAGAAUGUGGAUGAGGCUAUCGACCAUCUCUUGAACUUGGAGGAGGAAUAUAUGUCAGAUGUUGUGGAAAGUGAGGCCAUGCAGGCAUACAUGAAACCAGCGUCACGCAUGGAUGAACCAAAAACCAUCUCUAAGGGCUUUGUGGUGAGAGAUGCUCCAUGGACUAGCGGCACAGAAAAGGCUCCAGAUAUGAGUAGCUCUGAAGAUUUCCCAAGUUUUGGUGCUCCAGUUGCUCCAAAGGCUUCACCGUGGGGACCGAAAAGAUUCUGAGCUGGAAGAAGCUCUAUUUUCCACACCCCCCCCUGCCCCCACCCCCGCCCCCGCCCCCACCAAACACACUGCUGGGUUGCCAAGAUGUGCUUCCUAUUUGAUUCCAAUUCAGCAACCUAGCAAGUAAUUACGUAGCAAAGAUUACUUCCUGUGUCACAAUCGUUUCCAAAAACACAGCUGCCGUGAUUUGAGGGCCAUACUUGUGAGCCUCAUUUAUAACUACGCAGUUGCGUGCUCUAAAUCUCACGGCAUUCCACAUACCCCGAUAAACACAAUUCUGUUUGAAAACAGCUCAGCGCUGAAUCAGUUGCUGACCUGUUACAUGCAGUGGCCCAAAUUCUGAUGUUUAUCCAGGCUCCUGGCUGGGCCCACAACUUGGUCCGCAGUUAAUUUCAGUUGAGUCAACAUUUGCAGGAGUUUGAAGCAAAGACUAGGUACGGUUUGUGGUCUCCUGAUUCUCCCUGGAGCCAGCAUCCUUUUACCUGCCUUUGCAGUUUUCCUGGUAGAGUGCAAUUGCUUUAACCCUUCAGCUGCCACUUGCCUAGAGCUCUUAAGCCCGUUUUAAUACCUGCACUUGGAACUUGGCCAUGAAUCCGAUUAGCAAUCCCAGUUAAGUCGUAGCAUACACAGCUAAUUAGACUGACCUCAUUUAAAUUAAAACCUGAAUCCUAUGUUCCUUCCAAUCAAGUAGACUGUCGUAGACCAUUGUUCCAGGGUUGUUCAACGUUCAUGGCCUCCGUUGCUUCCUCCCAUCCUCUGGGAUAGGCCAUUGUGCAUACACUGAUAUUGCUUUAUCCAAAAAUGAGGCCAUGAACACACCCCUGAGCACAAGAGUGUAAAUGAAGCUCUACUUAUCAUAACAGGGCCAACAGCAAAUGAGCACUGAGGGGAUUUAAAAAAAAAAAUGCAAAAACAAGCCAAAUGGAUUCUCUUAAACUGUCCCACAGCCAAAGACUCAUUGGCUGACUUGCUGUUUGCAAACGGCACAAAGCCAGGGCAGUGACUAAUGAACUAUCAUGACGAGUCAGGCCUCGAAAGUGCAGCCUGCUCCUAUUGCAAAGAUCCCUGAAGUGGUGGGUUUAUUCCUUCCCUAAUUUCUCUUUCAUAACGCAGACUUUAUUGAAUAAGAAAUUUUGGUUCUGUUGAGAAAACCCAAAACAAAUUAGAAUGACAUAUGUUUGUUUACCCUGAACUUUACAUAGUGUUUCCGUGUACAGAAAAGGCACUCAAUUAUCAGAGUUUUGUGCACGUGUGUGUAUAUAUUAUACAUAUCUCACAUGCAUGAUGGUGACUUUGGGCCUGUCAGUGCAUCAAUUCCAAAGAGCUUGGGAGAAGCUAACUUGUAGAAUGUGUGCAUUCUAAUGUCAGAAUGUACAGCAAAUACAACCUACUUGUAUCUUGAAGGGGAAAGAGAACCUUCCUGUUUUAAAUUGGAAUUUAUUUUCUCAUGCUGGUGAGAAUGCCCAUGUUGAACAGUAAGAAGUGUGGGGGGAGGAGCUGUGCAAUUCCCCCACCAACACUACAGCUUCUGAGCCAAUACUUUCAAGGCUGGUUAAAUCUUAUUAGCCACAUUUUUGGCUCCUAAUCGUGCACUUGGGUUAAUCCACACAGUUUGGCUAACCCUCUUGCACUGCACAGAAUACCCAAAGGUUUGGGGAAGCAGAGAGUAUAUGAAGUGCAUCUUUUUAUAGCUUGGGUCACACCCAACAUCAGUAAUGCUGCUUCCAAUGACUGGGUCCUUGCUACCUUCAUGGGUUGGGGUGGAGGGUGUUGGUGGGCACGAUUCAUCCUUCAGGGCUGGGUGGUUUGAGAAACUGAACUUCCUGAAAUCUACAAAGAUAGAGAAAACUUAACAAAAACACUAACCUAUUGAAAAUUGAGAUCAUCUGUUGUAAUUUUCACUUUUCUCCCUUUGUUACUGGCUCCCCAUAGUCUCACUUCACUGUGAAAGAGGCUUUUGCCUCGGGACCUGCAGUCCAGUGAGUCGAAGCCAUUUUGUUUUCAGACUUUUACUUCCAAGUUAUUGUCAAGUGUAUUUUCUCUCGAGCUUAUGGAAAACCCAACCACUUUGCUGUGAAUUUUUCUUGAUCCUUAACCUUCGGUUCCCUCUAAAAUCAGAACAAGCUAUCUUUUUAUUUUGCUGAAUGCUGGAAUUGAUUUGAUUUUCUAAUCAAUUGAAAAUUGCAUAGUUUGACAUUCCUGUUACGUGUAAACCACAAGAAAAAAACGUUUCUCCUACCCCCCACCACCCCUGCUCAAAAGAAGAACCGGUUUGAUUAGGCUGUAAACUGGUUGACAGCCAAUAUCAGGCUGUGUUCUUAGUUCACCUGGAGGUGUUGCAGUAAUUAUGUGGUUUCUGAAUGAGUAACUGCAGGAUUAGUGGCCCCUUCAUGUGUAGGGAUGUACUGCCUCUCUCAGAACCUGGCUAUCUCUUAGUUAUGGUAGUCUCUUGCUGGCACUUUAAAGCUGAGGUGUGACUACACUUGUGUACUUGCACGUGCACAACUGUGAGUUUUCACCUUGCAGAUUUAAACAAAAUUUGUAGAUCUCAGUUUGAUAAUACUUUGAUUUACCUGGGGUAAAAAAUUGGCUUUUCUUUUCAAACAACUUGCUAAACUUCUCAGGGCGUCAGUGCGCAAUUCCCUUCUCUGGUGCAGGCUGAGAAUGCUAGCUGAAGGCUGACUUUCCCCUAAUGUAGGGAGCAAAGUAGCAAUAAUGUACCAAGAUCACCAGGGUGCAUAUUUGGUACUAAGUUCUCCAGCAGAACACAACUCGGCCAGUGUUGCCAGUCUGAUGGCACACUUUAGGUUCAGCUUAAUUUCAAAGUGGAUGUUCAUGCAUUAGGUACCAUGGCCUUUUUGUCCUUUUUGUCCAAACCAUCAAUGUUCCAAUGCCAUUUCCCUUGUCUGCUAUUGACCCCUGCCCUGUUGACAUAAUGAAGGAUUUGAGAAACAGGCCUAUUUUCACUGCUCACACCUGUUCAAGUCUUCCAUGUUGAUGCAAUACAAAGAACAAGCAGUUUCCAUGUAAGACCCAUUGGCCUUAAUUCUGAAUGGAGAUAUGCAAAUGUAUAGGAGAUAUGGAUGACACUGGAAUUUUAUAAAUCCAAAAUAAAAAAAUUGAAUAACUAGUA